AUGGACUGUCGGGAUGAAUUUCUGUCGCGAUUCGGCGGAAAGGCAUUUUCCACCUUCGAAGCAUUUAGUAAGGAACUGCAGGCCUUCGAAGAAGCCACGGGGAUGCAGUAUAUGAUGAAACGCACCUGCCUUUUUAAUGAGGGAACUCUUGGACGAGAAUACUUGGUUUAUCGGUACAUGCACUACGCUUGUGUACGCCAUAUCCGACCAGCCAGGAGGAUGGGCCAGAGAGCUGGUGGAACACGGUGUCCAGCGUACUUCUCCGUGGGUACCAGGAAGCACAAGUUGUUUGUCCGUCAAUACGACAUGCAGCACAAUCAUCCCGCCCACAUGGAGCCGAUGGUCGAGGAACCUCUACCGGUCGCCCCUCUCAACCCCUCACCCACCUCCGUGAAUCCCCAGCUGGAGGCGGCCGUUUCUGGCUGCGCUGGCGGUGGUGACGACGACGAUGUCGUUGCCACCGUGCAGGACUGUACAGACGACUUCCUGCGCAUCUUCCUCACCAUGUCUUUCGCCUCGUUUGCUGAGCUCCAAGCCAAGAUGGACGAAUUCCAGUUGGCAACUGGCAAUCGAUACGUAAAGACAAACACCCGUCGUCUUCCUCCCGGCUCUCCAGGCGCAGAAACCCUCGUGUACAGUCACCUCGUCUACAUAUGUUACCGCUAUGGCACCCAAGUCAGUGAGGCCAAACAGCGGCGGCUCCAGCGAACUGCCAAAAUCGGCUGCCGAAGCAAGAUCUACUUCUACUCCCAAGACAACCAAUUGCACGUGCGCCGCUACGACUUCCGUCACAACCACGAGGUGCGUCCAGACCUAGUCCAUUUCCCUCCAAAGAGACGGCGAAGUCGAAAAGAGAAGGAGGAAGAGGAGGCGGCAGCGGUAGUGGGAACGGCCACCCGCGUCGGAAAACGACUUUUUGCAAAUGGUGACCAACGCAUGCCUCCGAUUAGUGUGUUCAAGGACGACCCAAGUCGGCAUGCAUUGGGUCUCGACUCUGUGGCAAUGGGGGACGAAGAGUUUGAGGCCGAAGAUGAGGGUGAGGAGGAAGUGGACUCGCUUCCUCAAAUCUACCUUCAGAGAAAUGGAUAUAGCCAACAAAACUUACUUGAAGAUGAAAUUCCGUCAGUUUUCUCCGAGCACGACUUCGAAAAUGAACUUCAACAUCGGGGACAGUCGGAUCAGUCGCCGGGUCUCGCUCUGCCCUCUAACCCAUUCCAAAUGUAUGCUCACUCUCCUUCCGCCUACCCCCCGAACAACUCCUCAUUCCCGCAGUCUGGCGUUGACGACGUUGAGGAUGGCGACUUCGAGGACGAAGUCGCUGAAAUGGCGAGUUACAGACCUGAUCCAAGAUGGGGUCUCAUGCGUUCGAUGCAGAAACACACGCGACCCUUAGACGCUAUGUUACCGCGACUGGGGCCACACCUGCAACGCCUGAGUGAACUUGCCACGAGCUGUGGCCCAGUCCGAUUUGCCAGUCGGUUGAGGGAGCUCCGAGCCCUGGGUGACAAGUGGCUACGGGAGAAUGAAAUUCUGCUCAAACGACGCGGUUUUCUCUAA